CCACUCUCCAUGGCAGGACGGUGAAUGGGUCAAUUACAGCAACUCGACAUCCAACCAUCGAAUUGAUAUAAAUCCCCCAGUCUCAACCACCGUUACUCAAUUUGACAAUGGGGGGUAUCAACAAGCCAAGCAAGCCCAAGUCCAAGAGGGGGACAGUCCGCCUGCGGCACAAAAUUGAGAAGAAGUCGAACGAGAAGCAACGUAAGGCGAGAAAAAACGAGAAGAAGAACCCACAAUGGAAGUCCAAGCUUAAGAAGGACCCUGGAAUCCCCAACAUGUUCCCUUACAAGGAGAAGAUCCUGCAAGAGAUCGAAGAGGCCCGGGAAAGGAAGCAGGUCGAGGCACAAAAACGCAGGGAGAUGGCCAAGGCUGCGAGGAGUGGCACCGUUGAAAGAGAACAACCUGAUGAGGACGCCAUGGCCGACAUUGAAGGAGAGGACUUCGAGGGAUUUGACGAGGACGACGAUGCCAUGGACGAGGACGGUGCCGACGAUGCGAACCCCAUGGCGGCGCUACUUGCCAGUGCGCGACGGGCGGCCGAGAAGUACGACCGUCAACUCCAGAGCGGCAGCGACAUGGACCAUGAUGAAGAUGAGGACGACGAGUCAUCGGGCGAUGAGGCCCACUACGCCGCUGGUGGCGCAGAAAUUACCGGGCAGGGCUCGUCAAGAAAAGCCUUUGACAAGGUCUUCAAGCAGGUCAUCGACCAAGCAGACGUCAUUCUUUACGUGCUGGAUGCUCGUGACCCCGAGGGUACAAGAUCGCGUGAGGUCGAGCGCAUGGUUAUGGCUGCAGCAAGUGGAGGCAAGAGGCUGAUGUUGAUUCUAAACAAAAUCGAUCUGGUCCCAGCACCCGUGCUCAAGGAUUGGCUCAUACAUCUGCGCAGAUACUUCCCGACUCUGCCUCUGCGUGCUUCUGGCUCUGCGCCAAAUGCGCAUACCUUCAACCACCGCGAUCUUACCGUUCAGAGCACUGCAACGACCUUGUUCAAGUCUCUGAAGUCAUUCGCCGCCUCCAAGCAGCUCAAGCGUGCUGUUGCGGUCGGUGUUAUCGGCUACCCCAACGUUGGAAAGUCAUCCGUUAUCAAUGCACUGCUUUCCCGCAUGAGUGGCAGAAGCGGAGCUGCGUGCCCGACCGGUGCCGAAGCAGGCGUCACUACGGGCAUUCGUAAUGUCAAGAUCGACAGCAAAUUAACUUUGCUCGACUCGCCCGGUAUCGUUUUUCCCUCUACCAGAGAUGGCGAAUCAUCCUCAAAGAAGAACGCCAUUGAGGCGCACGCCCACCUGGUACUUCUCAAUGCCAUCCCGCCGAAGCAAAUCGAUGACCCUCUCCCGGCGGUUAGCUUGCUAUUGAAGCGUUUAUCCACGUCUCAGGACCUUCUGCAGAAGCUGAUGGAUGUAUACGACUUGCCACCCCUCAUGACCGCAAAGGAUGGCGAUAUGACAACGGACUUCUUGGUACAGGUAGCACGCAAGCGUGGUAGACUUAGUAAGGGAGGUAUCCCCAACCUGAUUUCUGCCGCUAUGACCAUCGUAACAGACUGGCGCGACGGACGCAUCCAGGGCUGGGUCAAUGCACCAGUACUGGCGGUUGCCGGCGACGGCACCAGCAAACCUACCGGCAAGAACGGAUCCUCCGAUUCAGUACCCGCGCCUGAUCAGAAGCAAAUCGUCACCGAAUGGGCCAAGGAAUUCGACCUUGCUGGUCUUUUGGCCGGUGGCGCGGAUGAGACCGUGGAUGCUAUGGAGGUUUGAGGUUUAUUACACGCAUGACCAACCUGGCUGGCAUUGCGAAGAGCGAUCCGUUUAUUGGGCUUCCACAGAGACACUACGGCGUUUGGGUGUUAGAUAGGAGGAAUGACAAUCAGAACUUGAUAUACAGCAAUGAUGUAGAGUUAAGGGGUUAAAAGAGGCGGUUUAGUCGACUUCAACCCCGGAAAGUUAUUGAGGCACAUAUGAAUCGGAUGUUAUUUAUGUCGACCAAAACAUCUUUGAGGUCCUGUCGGUGUUGGAAUCAGGACAUUUGACUCUAUUAUGAGAUCAGAUGCAUGAAUGUGAUACUGAGAUAGCCCUUCCAUGGUACUUUAGGGUCUUUGCGGUUGCUAACUUCCGGCUGCUUUGCUGGCGGCACUACAAUGAAGCAGGCCGGAAAUCCGUGGAGCACAUUCUAUGCAUAAGUCACAAUUGCCCUCGCC